AAAAUUUUGAAGCUUGCAAACAGGAUGAUGCUGAUCUUUCUUGCUCUAGGACUUCCCACGAUAAGAAAGAUAUAUGAAGAGAAACAGCAGCACACAUUAUCGAUUCAGAUCAUGAACGAACUUCUAAAGGGUGUUAACAUGUACGAAUAUUAUCACGCUGGCACGAAGCCCUCGCAACCUUUGGAUACACUAGCCGAAGAAGAUCAGGACGAAUCAAAUCCAUAUUCAAGUGUCUUGAGCGGUAUUAAUGGUGAUUCUUUUGAAGCUGAGAACAGAGAGGAUGUGGAAGGAAGCAGUGAAAUGGGAAGAAAUCUUGAAGGUAGCGACGGCCAGCAAAACAGUCGUACCGGAGUGGUGAAAAAAGCUUCGCUUGAGGAUGGGAAGGAAAUGAAUGCGGAAAUGGAAAAGGAGACUGCUCUAUUAAUUGCUGCUAGAAAUGGCAUUGCCGAAAUGGUGGAGAAAAUUCUAGAAUUACUUCCCGUUGCCAUACAUGACGUGAAUGCAGAGAACAAAAAUGUAGUGUUGGUGGCGGUGGAGAACAGACAACCGCAUAUAUAUCAACUCUUGUUACGAAGAAAUAUCCUGAUCAGAGAUAGUGUGUUCCGGGUAGUGGAUAACGACGGGAAUAGCGCC